GAGCCCGGGCGGAGGCGAGUGACGGCGAGCUUCUGCCCCUCGGCCCCGGCCCCAAUUACGCUCGCCGCCUCCCCGCGCUGCGCUGCCUGUGUCGCCCGCCCCCCUCGCGGGCGCUUGGGGGCGGCGCGGGCCGGAGCCGGAGCCGGAGCCGGCCGCCACAGCCCGUCGCGCCGGGCGGGAGAGGAACUGGGCGUCCGUGCGAAGCGCCUGGAGCGGGGAGCCCUGCAGCCGGCGGCUCGUGUGAAAAGGUGUCCUCUCUUUUGAAACUGGAACUAUGAUAACUCUACAAGAACACAGCCUGGAGGUGUGUAAAGCAGCACCCAGCAGUUCAUAGAUUUCUAGGGUUGGAAGGGACCUGGCAGAUCGAUUCCAACCCCCUGCUCCAGGAAGGAAAGCACUGGGGUUAAGUAACCCCAGCCAGAUGCCUCGCCAAUCUCUUCUUGAACACCUCCAAGGUGACCAAAGUUAUUGAAAACUCAUGAAUAACCUAUGAUGGACAGCAAAGACUUGGAAGCAGAAAUCCACCCUCUAAAGAAUGAGGAUGGGAAAGCACAAGAGAAUCAUGAAAAUUGUACAGAGAAAGAAAGUGUCUGUAAAAAGCCCACACGAUUUGCUCAGCUCUCCCGAUGGCGAACUGCUUCCUUCUUCCUCUCAUUAUUUCUCUGUCUUAUUGUGGUGUUUGCUUUUUCAUUCAUCAUACCUUGUCCAGUGAGGCCUCUUUCACAAAAGACGUGGCACAGAAAAUAUGAAAAUGCAGUGACCUACACUUUUUUGGCUGUAGAAGAUGUGGACAAAGACAAAGUUCAAGAUAUUAUCUUUGCUUUCAGAAGUACCAAUGGUAGCAGCAGUUUUAACAGAUCCUGCUUGGAUGAAGGCCUUUCUACUCCAUGUGCCUUUAUUGUUGCCGUGUCAGGCACUGAUGGCAGCACACUCUGGGAGAGGCCUGUCACUGAAGAUGUCCAUUGGAUGGAGUGUGGCAUUGAACAGUUGGGUGGGGCUCAGUCCCCAGGCUGCCUUGUCUUGGGGAAGUCAGAGUCUUUAACUGCAAUCAACUCUCAAACAGGGGAAGCUCUAUGGAGACAGACUAACAACUUUGGAGCUAAUUAUACACUGAUGACUCCUUUGUUAAAAAUCCCAGAUGUUGAUGGGGAUGGUGUUCAGGACCUGAUGAUCUUUACCACUGUGAGAGAAGAGAUUAAAAUCUACAUCCAUUCAGGAAAAAAUGGCAAUCAGGUCGGCUUCCCUGCACAACUGGGUUUGGGCAGAAAGGCAGUUUAUCUAAUGUACGCUACAAAAGCUGGCUCCAACUACCUUCUCUUCCAUACAGUAAAUUCUCUCUAUGGCUACUCCUUGAAGGAUCUCUACAGUAUGGCAACUGGAAUGGAACCUAAAUUAGUCAGCCUUAAGCAAGAUCCUCAAUGGGAGAAGAAGAUUGAGAGCAGCUCACAUCACAUUUCCCUUCUCAGCUCUGGAGACAUUCGUUACAUGGUGAAGCUUCCCAGGAGAUCAGGGGAGGAUAUCUUGGUUGUGAAGUCAGAUAUGGCUGAGCUGCUCAGUGGACAAAAUCUUGAAUCCCUAUGGACUCUCAACACAUCUCAUAUUCUGAGCAAGCCUGUGCUUGGUUACUAUAAACCUGAUGUUCUUGACAUUGUCCUUGAGAGUACAGUUGGACCCAACAGGAAAAAGAUUAUGAUUGUUGAGAGUGGUUCUGGAGCAGUUCAGUGGGAGCUGGAGCUGAAUUCAAGAGCAGGAAGUCCCAGGCCAGCCACCCUCCCUACUGCAAAUCAUCGUUCCACCUUCUUCUUCUGGGGGGAGUACCAGGCAGAGGCCAAUGAGAUGCGAUCCCGAGUGCCCUUCCAGAACCUGUAUCUGUUUCAUCCCUCUUACCCUAACGCCCUCUUGGAGCUGGCCAACAGCACAGAGCAGAUAGUUGUCUUUGAUGCUGUGCUGUUUGAGCGGAGCCGGCAUGCCUGCUACGUGCUGCUGACAGGCCCUCAGAGCAGUGAGGAGCCAGGCGUGGUGUCUGUCAUGAAACGGAAACUGAAAGAGGACAUCAAUGACAGUAAGGUGAUGUGGCUAGGCCAGGUGUCAGGAGACAGCGAGCAGUACAUCAAGGACCGCCUCUACAGGAUGCGCUUCCAGAGCCAAAUCUGAACUCACUGAAAUGGACCCAGGAGAGGCUGCCCCAGCACAGUCUCUUCUGAGCCACCUGUCAUUUGCAACAGUGGCCUCGAUAAACCCAGAACGUAGAUUCAAAUAAAGCCACCAUUAUUGAUCCACAAGCUAAAGUGUGGCUGGCCAGAAAACAGUGGCAGCAAAAAAAUCUGGGCAUCUAAACACAUAUGGGUGGCUGCCAGCACAGCCAACCUCUGAGUCAGUGGGGCUACAGUCCUCAGUUGUCACUUCAGGAAAACAGGGCUCUUUCCCUUUCUAAAUCAAACAGUACCUACUACACUGCCGAGCAUACCUCAGCUAGGCCUAACUUCCUGGUACCUCCCAGCCGUAACCCACAGGAAGGCACAGCUGUUUGCUGGGGAGACCUGAGUUGGUGACACUUUGUUUGCAUUGAGGAGAGAACAUGUCCUUGAGAGUGGGAGAGACAGUGUGGCGUGGAGGAGCGGGGUUGCUUGCAUGGUCUUGAAUUUUCCUUUCUAUUUGGCCAUAUAUAUGUCUUGAUUCUCCUUAGGUAGGAAUUUCAUCCUUUAAAAGGAGCUGACUGGCCAGAGGUUGCUUACCCUUGUUCUCCAUUGAAAAACCUGAAUAUCUGGCUUCAGCAGCAGUAGAGCAGUGAGAUGUAGAUAAUGACAGACCUCUGAGAGGCAAUGCAGUGGUUGAUAUAUCUGGACCAGGAGAGCCACAGGCUAAAAUGUAGUUCUACACAGAAAAUGUGUUUUGUUUCUUUUUUUUUUUUUAUAUAAAAGUCAGGCCUCUUGUUUCCCGGACUGAUUUUCACACCGUUAACUUAGACCUGCUGCUGACUAAAAUAGGAGUAUGCUGUUUUCCACCCCUGUUAACCAUGCAACACUGGCACAGCUCUAGGAAAGGGAGCUCAGCUCUGUUCCAGUCGAUGCAACAAGGGUAGAAUUGUUAGCCAAGUCCCAGCUAUAGAUGAUAUAGGAGCCAGAAUGGACCAAUCCUGGCUUGUUGAUCCCCAGGAACACUAUGAGAAACUGCUCAAAUGUGCAGAACAGAACUUGCUUGGGACCUGUUUGUAGCUGCUCUUCAGAGUAGAACUACGCUUUGGUAUUCCACAGAGAAAGGGUAGCUGUUUCUCCACAGUGUGCUUCUAGUCAGAGGAACUCCAAUCACUUUACAGUCAAGAAUUCAGUCUUACUCCCUCUGAAUGGGAAGUCCUCUGAGCACUGUUCCCUGGUCAAGAUGAUGGGAGACCCUAGAAAAUGUGGCAAGGUCCUUCUAUUUUGUAGCAAAGCUGCAGAAAAGCUUAAGAGCACUCUGAGUCCUUGUCCCCUGCUCUAAUCAUGGGAUGACUCUGCCCCUUCACCAUAAAAUCAGUUCAUGGGUAUGGAUAUGUGGGUGCUUUUCUUAGUAGAUGCCCUGCCCUCUUGGUGGUAGGUAUUAGUAUUUGCUGUCUUGGUUUGAUUAUGGAGCUGCUGUGUGAAGGGGAGAUGGUACAGUUGGGGAGACCAUGCAUGUGCUGCUGAGUCCCCGGUGGGGCAGGAGUAAAGCAGUGAGUGAACAACAGAAAUCAAAAGGAGAAUGGGAAUGUGUGGGGAGAAGCUGCUGGGAGCAGUAGUGCCCUGCUGACAGCUCUGGGAGGGUUUUGGUUUCGAAGUGGGAUGCUGUGCAGUGAUGGAACUGUAGCCAAGUCCUCUGGCUGCUCUGAUUCCCAUGCAGGAGGCAGGUGCAACUGUGCAUAGCUAUGCGCCCAUAGCUGUGCACCCCUGGCCUGUGUGUGGUCAUGUAAGUGGAGGCUCUCAAUAAAUACUUGGCUCUCUUUGGUUUGCAUUAAGAGCUGUGUGUAGAAACACUACAAUGUGGAGAUGGCUCAGGGCUGCAGAGGUGCUUGUGCCAGUCCUCUCAUCCAUUACAAACGCACUGAGUCUCCAGCUGCUGCUGGGCAGCGCUCUCUGAUUGGAUCACUAACUCUUCCUCUUCCGGCUGAAUGGAUUGCUUUUUCUCUUGCUGGUGUUUGCUGAUGCAGCAGCCAGUGGUUUGGUCUGGCAGUUGUGUUCCUGCUUGGAGUCCUGCUAGGAGCUUUGGCAGGCAGAUGCACUUGUACUCUACUUCCACUCUGGUGGAUUGUGGUGAUUCUGGUGGUUACUUGCUCAGUGCAAUGCUCAUGGUUGCAAAUGGGAGCACUUCCAUCUGGCAGGCAAGACGUUGGUGUGAGGCCCUGUCUGUGCUAGCAGCCUGCCUCUGCAGCACAAUGGAACUCCACCGCUCUGGGGCAGAAUGGUCAGGGAGUGUGUGAAUGUCAGACUUCCUGCUCUUGUUGGCUGGAAAAGGCUCCCCAGCAGACCAUUCUUCACCAGAGCUGAGCUGCUUCCCCUGCUGUGUGAAACCUCCAAGCACCCUGGAUUACAAAUGGUAGGUUUCCCUUUAUUUCAGUGUUGCAGUUCCCUUUCACCCAGCAUUCUUAGUGAUGGAGGCACAGCACGUUAUUCUUUGCCAAGCCUCUAUCUUGCUUAGCAGGGGGAAGAGAUGAACCCCAAUGGCACUUGGGUUCCUUGGGCACAGUGAUGUGAUUUGGCACAGCAAUAAAUGUGGACCACACCCCAGGACUGGUCCUGUUCACAGUGAAGAUGGCAGGUUUAUGCACCUAAUGACCCUCCAGCUGGGUUGCUUGAGCAGGAAUUCUGGAUGCUUGCCUCUGCGAGUUGCACUGUGAUUUGGACAGAGGGAAAGUCCAAUGCUUGCAUGCUAAUUUGAUUUAUAUUGAUCACUGUGCUGCCUGCAGCUCACAGAAAUGCCCCUUGAAUGAGUGCUGGGGAUGUAUUCUAGGCAUCAAGAAUAUGUUGUAUGCAAACAGCUUCUUCUGGCUGCUUUUCCUCUUCCUUCCCAAAGUGCUACACAUGCUUGCCCUUGCCAGGUCAGCACACUGACUUUCUGCAGGAGAGCUGGAUUUGCAGCACCAGGGAUGCUUUUGCCUUUCAUUACUGUUAUCACAUUUCCAAAGCUCUUGGAAAGCUCUUCCUAAUGCCCCUUUGGCAGCUCAGUCAAAUUGUCAGUGCCAAACCAGCCCCCUCCAAAUGAGGCAAGAGUUUUUUUCCAACUGCUUUUUCCCCUGUUGCUGUUUGUUGCAGUGUUUAAUGAAUAAUUUACUUUGUGCCUUGAUUCAAUAACUCAGACGGGUGAUAGUAGCAUAAAUCACUGUGUGGAUCAUGGUGUGUGUUUAACACUAAGACUGUUUGUUCUGGUUCUAUAACUUAUUGCAAAUUGUGCUGUACAGGACUUGGCUUAAACGUGAUGAUUCCAAUAAAUCCUUUUUUGCAUUGUU